AGUUCGGCUGUACAGUAACGCAGGCUGAGUGCGGCGUGGACGCGCACGCUAAGGGCUCCCACGUUUUUCUGCUCUUUUGUUGCAAAGAUUGAAGAUGACCUAACUUCACUAGACAAGACAGUUGGCCAGGUAGUCAGGCAUUGAUCCUGAAAAUGUAUUCCCUCUGAUCAGCAGUUCGUCAAUAUGCUCAUUCCUGGAUCGGAGGACGCGUGAAGAGCAUUCCAGCAGGGCGUGAGGGCCUUCUGCGGACGGGAGCCAGCCGCUGCAGCCUGCCACGCCCAUCCCCAUGUGCCCUCAGUAAUUAUGGCUAGCUGUGGCCUCUGCCUGCACUCCAACCGACCGGGGCCAACAUGUGUGUUACCAUGGUGAUCAUUUACAGUAAAACACUGGAAAAGAAGAAGGGUGUGGAUGAUGUAACGUCCAGAGUGCCAGACGUGGAGCUGCGAGAGCCGCAGACCAUGAGCAAAGGGACAACCCUCUUCUCCUGCGGCACUGUGGAAGCCGACAGGUGGCGUGCGCUGGGGCGGGGCUGCGCGGUACGGGCGGAGCCCGCGGGGGCCAGCCUGGACAGCCUGUGGGACGUCCUGCCGGAGGCGUGCCAGAGAGAGCGCGGGUGGGGCCAGGAGGCGGGAACGGCCGGCGCCAUCACCAGCCUGAUCCGGGACCUGAGCCUGAGUGAAGCUCCGCCCACGGCUCCGCCCAGCAAGCGCCAGUGCCGCUCGCUGUCCUUCCCGGACGAGCUGGGCGGGUGCCGGUCGGCGUGGCGACCGCAGGGCUCCCGGGUGUGGGCGGCGGUGGAGAAGCGGAGGUGCCACAGCGGCGGCAGCGUGCGGGGCAGCGGGGGGGCAUCGUACCCCCCCAUGCAGCGCAGCUCCAGCUUCAGCCUCCCUGCGCGCUCCAACGCCCCGCCCCUGCCCCCACCCCUGCCCUGCCUUGCCCUCCCCGCCCUCGAGCCCCCCCGCCCUCUAUCCCUCUCCCUGUCCCAUGAGCAGAUCAGCCCGUGCACCCUGCGGGGCCCGUCGGCCGCCAGCUCACCCGACUCCACCCCGGAGCUGGGCCGGCGCAGGGGGGCGGGGGGGCUGGCCCGGAGCCGCUCGCAACCCUGCGUCCUGAACGACAAGAAGAUCGGCAUGAAGCGGAGGCGGCCAGAGGACGCCAUGGAGCAGAGACCCUCGCUGGACCUGGCCAAGAUGACCCAGAAACUGCAGAACUUCCAGAGUCUCAGCUGUACUGGGAUCAGUGGGGCGGACUGCUGCCAGCCAAGCCACGCCCCUUCCUCUUACAGCCAGUGUGAGACUGCAGGGGCGGAGCCUCAGCAGAAACCUGGCGAGGGCGGGGACAACAGGGACGACUCAUCCAAUGAGGAGCUGGACAGUGAGGACUUGACAGGAGGGACAGCGAAUGGAGAGGAGGGCGACACCCUGUGGGAGGCGCCCUGUAAGACCCAGAAGGACAUGUACCAGCUGGGGGGCGAGCUGGACAUUGAGCAGAUCGAGAGGAACUGAACUCCCUCUCGCGCAGGGCGGAGGGUCUCGAGAAAGUCGUGAGAAGGUGGGAGGAUGACGUGAUGUGACGAGGGCAAAGCAAGUUGGAUUAUGGGAAAGCAGGAAACGCUGUAGCAGAGGCUCAAGCCCCAUCAGCAUGGUCAAUUAUCAGGACUGUCGGGGGAAUGUGAAACCGAGAGAUUUGAGUGGGAGCAGCUGUAUGGAUUGACUGUGUGUGUAUGGCGAUAUCUUCUUCACAGGUGUCCCUACCUUUGCUCUAAGGACAGAGGGUGGGGCAGGUUGCUGUAGUGCUUUCCCAGAAGCUCUCUCCAUCAGUCUGAAGACCUCUCUGUAUCUGCAAUGGAGUGAACAGUCCAGAACUUUGUAUAAAUGAAUAGGAGUGGGGGUUUUGAGGCCAUCCCUGGGACAGUUCCUCCAUUCGAUGGGAGGCACAUGAUGACCAGGAGAGAGCAGGAAGUACUGCAGUCGGCCGACAGCGACUGGCCCCACGUCCGGGAGGACAGCCACACUCUCGCUGCUCAGCUAAAGCGAUGGGUCUCGGGGGUCACAAACAUAACAGGGAAGCUGGUCUCGUGAAUCGUAUCCUCUUCUACCCUAUCGAUAAAUUAUGCUUAAAGUGUUUGUUUCUUUUGUCUUUUUACAAUUUUUAAUGCAAAAAUAUUUCUAUUCGAAUAAACAACACUGAAUUUUAAUUUUACAGCUCCUCCUUGUAUCAGCAUAUAUUUUUCUAACUGUGAGAUUUUUAAAGGCUGUAUAUUGUUGAUGUCAGAAUGGGGAAAAAAGGACACCAGAACCAGAGACUACUGUUUCUUUAACAAGGCAGAUGACAAAUAAACCUUCAUGCAAUUUCA